ACAGAUAAGUUAAACGGAGUAUUAGAUUGUUAUCUUCCUUCACGUCUAUCAUGUAUCAUAUUUGCUUUACACACAAAGGCAGAUACGUAUAUUCUUCCUUUACUAUAUUUACUUCUAUUUAUUGCACAACGUAUUGGGUUUUUCUUCACUGGGAUUCGGCCAAAAUAAGAUCGAUUUACUGCGCAUUUAACAAGCUGUUUAUUUACUCUUAGUAUUCAGUAGAAAUAAAAAGACUGGCAUAACUUGGUAUUUAUUGAAGUUUCUAAUAUAUUCUAAAGAUGAUAACGCGGAGGAAAAGAAAGCAAGACAGUGUUUACAGACACGCUCUUAAUGAUUCACCAGAAAGGUUUAAGAAGAUGAAAGAGGAAAUAAAAGAUCUCAGAUUUACAGAAGAGCCUGAGGAAAUGAUAAAAGUUUUGGAUCUAGCAUUUGUGAUGGAUUGCACGGGUAGUAUGUCAUCUUAUAUAGAAGAGGCAAGAACCAACAUCCGGGACAUUGUAGAAGAGAUAGUGACCGUGGAGAACACGGACGUCCGGCUGGCGCUGGUGGAAUACCGGGACCAUCCGCCACAGGAAAGCUCGUUCGUCACCAGAACACAUGAUUUCACUGACUCCGUAGCCACUAUGAAGGGCUGGCUGGACCUGAGCCGCGCCAAUGGGGGAGGGGACUCACCCGAGGCUGUCGCAGACGCACUUGACGACUUGCUUAAUCUUAGCUGGCAGAACGACAGUAUAAAGAUAGCAGUCAUGAUAUCUGAUGCCCCGCCACAUGGACUGUCCGUUCCCGAUGGAUUUCCGGACGGAUGUCCGUGUGGAAUAGAUCCUAUUCAAACGGCAAUAAGACUGGCUAAACGCGAUGUUACAUUGUAUGUUGUUGGAUGCGAGCCAUCAAUAACACCAUUUGUUGAUUUUUUCAUGGCUUUGGCCUUCAUAACCGGCGGACAAUAUGUCCGGCUCGGUCGAGCAGACCUGCUCAUGCCAGUAAUCGUCGGUGGAGCUCAGGAGGAGAUUUCUUUGAAUACACUUUCAAACGAAGUUGAGCGUGAACUGCGUGCACGACGAGAGGCGGGGGAGGACGUCCAUGUUGAAGCGUACACGCGCGAGCUGCACGGCCGUUGGACUUCACGGGGAAAGCGGGUCCGCCAGCUGCAGUGUAACAAUGUUGAACUCGCAUCUGUUUCCGAAAGGGCCAAACAGUUCUCCAAGUUGGCGACCUUAUCCGACAUAAAGAAGGUCUUUAAACCACAACAGAGCUCAGGUAGCACAUCCGGUUGUUUAUUCGGGCGAGCGGUCGGAUUCUCGGCGCCAGUCGAUUCGUCAACUUCUUCAUAUGGAUCAGCAACUAUCGGAGUGUCAUUCGGACAAACUUCAAGACUUGUUCAAAAAUCUUUGUCAAAAUGGAAAACCUGAUAUUGACCAAUUUACAUAUUGAAUACAUGUAUAUCCUUAAAAUUACCUAGAUGUUUUGCAGAUUGUUUCUAUAAGUGAUAAUGACUGACAUGACACACAACACGCGAGAUAUUGCAAUGUACUGUUUCAGGCACGUCACGAGGGUAGUUGACGAAGUAACUGAUUCAAUGUUGUCAACGACAACAUUCAAUAACUAGCGCGCGUCUAAGACAGUAACGUUGUAAUGUAUCCGCGUGAUAUUUAUUAUUUUUUUAAUACUGAGAACCAAUAGCAGUUGAAUCAACUUAGUUUGUUAUUUACAUUUUUUUUUCGAUUUAAAUGUAUUAUAAUGGCGUAUCAUUAAGGUAUUUUCACAAAUCAUGUUUUGUCAAAUGCUCCUUUAAGAUGGAUAAACUGGUUAAAUGUUUGAAUAAAAAUAAUAUAAAAAAUA